AUGGCACGUGGCACGGCUGUCAAACGUAAAAUUUUCUCAGAGAAGAGAUGUGACAUUAAUUUAAAAGAUAGCGAAGCUGGAUUAGGUUUCAACAAAUUCGACGUGAACGGCAACGGCAAGAUCUCGCCAUCGGAGCUCGACGCGAUCAUGGGAAGCCUCGUUCACCUAACGACGGAGGACGAGCUCCGGUCGAUGAUCCUGGAGGUGUACGCCGACGGCAACAGGUUCAUCGACAUCAACGAGGUCAUGGAGCUCAACACCAACGGGAUCAACUGGGCGGAGACGAUGCAGAAUCUGAAGGACGCCUUCUCCGUCUACGACAUCGACGGCAACGGCUCGAUCUCGGUGGCAGAGCUUUCCGCAGUGCCUUCGCAUUCAUCAUGA